CCCGCUAAUCUGCCAUUAUACAGUAAAGGUGCGGCUCUACGGAACAGGUGUAGUAUUUUUGAGGAGUACGACUCGUUUUCUUCAUUUACUGAGCCGACAGAAGACAGGAGUACAGUUUCAACAACAUUUAAAAUUGCUUUAAAAAGUUAACGUUUACCUUUCUUCUGAAGACAACAGGUGCACCGAAAAAACCGAACGGAAGACUCUUUGAACAGAAGAACACCAAGACGGGUGGUUAAGCCAAAAGUUUUGUAGCUUGGAAUUCGAAUUUUUAUUUAUUGAAAGAAACGCGUUAGUUCAUUCGUUACUUUUGGGAAUAACUACACAAAACACAGAACAAUUUUCAAGUGUCUCUCGACUGAAGGUGUGAAAUGGCCAAUUCGGGGCUUCAGAUUUUGGGGUUCGCUCUGUCGUUGAUCGGCCUUAUUGGGCUAAUUGUCGGAACCAUCAUGCCGCAGUGGCAGAUGUCGGCCUACGUGGGAGACAACAUCAUCACCGCCAUCGCCAUGUACCAGGGGCUGUUCAUGUCCUGCGCGUUUCAGAGCACUGGGCAGAUGCAGUGCAAAGUGUACGACUCGAUCCUGCAACUCGACUCCUCCCUGCAGGCGACCCGCGCUCUGAUGAUCAUCAGCAUCAUCGUCACGGUAGCGGGGCUGGGUGUGGCCUGCAUGGGUAUGAAGUGCACCAACUGCGGCAGCGACGACAAAACCAAGAAGACCCGCACGGCCAUGACCGGAGGCAUCGUCCUGCUGGUGGGAGCUCUGUGCGCCAUUGUUGCCUGUGGCUGGUUCUCCAACAGAGUCAUCAGGGCCUUCUACGACCCUUUCACCCCCGUCAACACCAAGUACGAGUUUGGGGCUGCUGUCUUCAUCGCCUGGGCGGGGGCCUUCCUGGAUGUUAUGGGCGGGGCCAUGCUGGCUGCGUCCUGCCCAGGGAAGAAGACCCCGAGUAAAUACCCCAUCGCCGCGUCCCGCCCCCCCAGCAGCAGCAAGGAGUAUGUGUGAUCGCCCCCUGCUGGCCCCUGAAAACCCGUCUCUCACAGAUCCUCCAGCUCGUCUUCACCGCCCCCUCCCUGUAAUAACCUGUAUCUGAAACACCUGCAAUGUUUCCCAUCUUCCCUGGGGGGUUCUCUGAUCUGCUUCAGAUUCACAGUGUGUGGGGGGGGGUAUAGUAUUUGGCAGGCAGACCCCUUUAAAAAGGAGAGUAACUCCCACCCCCCAGUACUGGAGACCCCGAAACAGAUACGAUCUGCUGUAGAAAUGUCUUACAAUUUAAGAUUUUUUUUAACCAGUAAUAACAAUAAUAUUAACUGUCAUAAGUUUUAUUUGUACAGCCAUUUUAUAUUUACUAUGAAAAUUCCUAAAUCCAGUGCAUCGGGCUGCUGUUGCCAAAGUUGUUGCCCAAAUUAGUCAGUUUUUAAAAUCAGUUUGAGGUGCUUGAGCUGCAUAGAACCAAACCAACCAUUUUAUAACAUGUUUAAAAACGCAGAUGAGACGGCAGAAAUCCCCUGGCAGUUUUGUCUUUUUGUUGGCAAAUGGUGCGGGGUCUGGAGACUCCUGUGGGAGCUGUGAGCCCUGUCACUGGUCUGCCAUUUUGUGGGUGAUGCUGUCGAAUAGUUUCUCAUGCAGAUCCGUCUCCUCAGAUCACAGAAACUACAGAAAGGCCCACAAGUGUUCCUGCUUCUCACAGAAAUACCUGCUUUAUUGUGUAAAAUUCACCCCUUUUGUUUUACAAAGCUUCUUUCUUCAUGGUCACUAAUAUACUUUCAUCAUCAAGCCUGGACUCGCUGAGAGUUCCUUGUCCUUACUGAAUGUACAGUCAGUUAUAGCUGCAAAGUUUCUGUGUUUAUAAAAUUAGGGCUGGUGGACUUUUACCUUACUGCAGCUGUUUUUCUCCUUUUCACUCUGAGUUACUUUCAUUUACAUUGGCAUUUUUUGUGUGGUUGUUUUUGAUUGUGAAAAGAUUAUCUUGUGGUAAUAAAACAAUGAAACCCCUGUUUAUAA